AUGAGGAGGUUUGUCAGAUUUGUCAUGGACCAAAAAGCCUCUUCAGAAUCACCUGAAACUAGUAAAGUGUCAUCCAGUGGAUAUGAAGUUAAGGAGAAAGACUUGGGAAAAGUGCACAGGGCUGCAUGUUCAGGUGAUCUGGCCAAACUAAAAAAGCUUACAGAGAAGAAUGAUUUAAAUCAAGUAGACAAAGAAAACAGAACACCGCUGCACUUUGCCUGUGCAAAAGGACAUGCAGAAAUUAACGUGACAAUUGUUCAGUUCUUAGUGGACAGCAACGUUGAACUGGACAAAUAUGACAGUCAGAAACAUUCACCGCUGAUGAAGGCAGUGCAAUGUCAGCAGGAGAGAUGUGCAUUGACCUUGCUGGAGCACAAUGCUGAUCCUAACCUGGUGGAUAUUGAUGGAAACACGGCCCUACACCUGGCUGCCUCCAUACCCUCUAUAGCUCCCCUCCCCCUGGCAAAGCUGCUUCUGGAACACAAGGCCCACAUCGAUGCUCAGAACAGUAAUGGAUGCACCCCCUUGAUCUUGGCUGUGAUGGUGAAACACUUUGAGAUGGCAAAGCUUCUCCUUGAGGAAGGUGCUGAUGUCAACACUAAGGACCAUGAGCAAUGGACACCCGUGAUGAUUGCUGCUUAUGAGGGACUGGCCAACUUGGUUUCCUUAUUACUUUUGCACAAUGCAGAUGUAACAGCUAAAGACAAGAGAGGGAAGACCACAGAUGAUCACGCAGUUUGCAAUGGCUAUUUCCUGUCAGUAUUCUACCUGUUUAUGAUGAAAGCUCAGAAUUCUAAGCUCAUAGAACUGAUGAAGGCCUCAGAGAAGAAAAUUGGCAUCACAGAGCGACCACAGGCAAAGCCACAGCUGUCUUCCCCAGAACAACAUGCUUUGGAAGAAGAUGAAGGUGGUGAUCAUCCCCCAGACCUAAAAUACACUCAAUACAAAAACUGUGGCUAUAAUGAGGCCCUCUGUGUCAUGGGGUUUUAUUUGUCUGGCUGGGACAGCUCCAGCAUUGAGAGUAUGGACAUUUCUGGUUACAUUGAGGUCCUUUGCCCAGAAGUGGAUGCCAGGAAUGACAUAGAGCACUUGCUCCAGCAGGAGCCCAACAAGGGAGAAUGCACACAGAAGUGUGUCGCAAAGGCAGCUGACCACCAUGUACCUGUCCAUAACCUCUCUGCACAGCUGAGUGCCGCAAAGACCCGAGUCGAUAGCCUGGAAAGUGAGUUUCAUCGCACCAUGCUGUCUCUCACUGAGAAGAACCUCCUGCUGGAGACAGUGCAGAGGGAGCUCCAUGGGACCCAGGCCCACCUGGCGGAGCUGCAGGCUGCCUUGCAGGUUAAGCAGGAGCAAUCCUUGCAGCUCAGGGUGCACCAGAAGGCCAUGCCACACCAGAUAACACAGACCAAGAGAAAGAUGGAGAGCAAGAGGACCAUAGAUGCUGAGAUGCAAAGCCAGCUGUUGAAGGAGUAUGAGAAAAUUGAGAAAGAGGUAUGCAGAGUAUGA